AUGGCGGCGCCCAGGGCGUGCCUGCGCCUGGUGGCCCCCAUAUGGAAUUUGAGCACCAGUGGUAGCCGUUGUCUGAGCAGUGGCGUGACCCCUGAGGGCAAUCAGAGGAAGGGGGGGAUGCUGUUCCAGCUCCUGGCUGACCGAUUCUAUGAUGUGGAGGUUUUGAGGGACUAUUUGUUCCAAAAACAGCUGUCAAAAGUGCACAAGAAAAAUCGAUCCUUCGUCGGCAUCAAGAAACGAUACGGCCCAUACAUCGCAGGAGCCUCCUUUGUCCUGAAGCAGGGAGGCGCAGUCAAAUUCCAAGGCCAAGAGUGGAUUCGGGCCACUGGGCAUGGCUACUCCCGCCUCAAGUUGUUGAAUUUCCAGGCAGUACCUAUAGAGGCGGUGGAUGCCAGUGACUGUGCCAUCAACUACGAAGGCCUGGACAACGUCUUGGCCCUGAAGGAGCUGCAAUCCCUGUGGCUGCAGCGCUGUCCCCAUGUGGAUGACUGGUGUCUCAGCCGCCUCCACCAGCUGGCCAGUUCAUUGCAGGAGCUCUCGCUGGCUGGUUGCCCCCGAAUCUCCGAAAGGGGCCUCGCCUGCCUCCAUCACCUCCAGAACCUCCGCAGGCUGGACAUCUCAGACCUACCUGCUGUGUCCAACCCAGGCCUCACUCAGAUCUUGGUGGAGGAGAUGCUGCCCAAGUGCGAGGUUGUGGGGGCUGAGUGGGCCCAGGACCUGAAGUCGGGGCCGGAAGAGCAGUCUCGGGACACAGCCAGCCCCCUCCCUACCUAG